AAAAUUCUAAUUUUGAUUAUCUGUAUUCAUGUAUACAAUUGUACAAGAAUACUACAUACGUUAAUAUCGAAUUAGGAAACAUAAUUUAGGAUAAACUAAAGUGAUCUAUAUUUUCAUGUCACUUCUAUAACAAAUGUAGCGUUUCCUAUUUAAUUUUCGCUUAUAGAAUCGCCCUAUUAUAGUUUGCUUUUCAUAGUUUUACAAUCGGAUUGAUCAUGGCCCGGUCGUUAUAUUUCUCAAGUCUUUCGACCGUCAUUAAUCCCUCUGUAAGCUGUUUGUCGUGCAAAGCUGUAUGUUAAUUUUACCAGACGGCAGACGGUAGACGGUAGACAGUAGUAUGCCACCAAUAUUUCGUUCAGUAUAAUUGUAUUCCAUAGCUGUUAAGUUACUCGAACAAUGAAGAUGAAAUUCAGCAUCGAAUCUACCACUUCUUAUAACAGUAUACAUCCAACAUAUCGCUAUACAGAACAAUUUGCCAAUAAUGCUGAAAGAUAUCAAGAAGGUACCAAAUGGUUUGGUGUAUUUUUGGCAUUUCUCUCAGGUACAUUUUUCACAGUUAGUUCCGCAUUAGUUAAAGCAAUUCAAAAUGUAGACCCUAUGAUAUUACUGGCAAUCAGAGCCAUUCUGCAAAUGCUAGUUAUGGCUGGUGUAGCAAUUAAGGGUUCCAGAAGUUUAUUCGGUCCAAAAGGUCAGAGAUUGCUUCUGAACUUUCAGGGAAUAGUAGGAGGUGCAACCCUGUCGCUACUAUAUUACAGUUUUCGUAAACUACCCAUAGGAGAUGCUACAACAAUCAUAUUUAGUUCACCAGUGAUAGUUAUCGCGUUGUCUUUUAUUUUCUUAAAAGAACCAUGUGGAAUAUUACGUGUAAUAGUUAUGUGCGCGCUAUUUGCAGGUGUUGUGUUUGUAUCUAAACCACCGUUUUUGUUUCAGGUACACAGAACUGAACCAUACAAUGUCAUAGGAUAUGUUUGUGCUAUUCUAGCAACCUUCUUCACAGCUCUUAAUAUAGUUGUUAUGAGAAAGUGCUCGGAAAUCCAUUUUUCAACGAUAAUCUUCAAUUUAUCUUGCUGGUCGCUUAUCACAGCAGCAUUUUUUUUCUUCCUUGUGUCAGAAAACCAUGUGCAAAAACUAAGGCUGCCAGUUGAUUGGUUCACGUGGGGUAAAAUAUUGUUAGUAGCAAUAACUGGAUUGUGUGGUCAAAUUUUAGUAACCAGUGCACUAAAAAUAGAAGGUGCGGGCAAAGUAUCAGUAACUAGAUCUUUGGAUAUCAUAUUGGCAUAUGUUGUGCAAGUAUACGGUUUUGGAGACCAACCAUCGUCAACCAGUAUCGUCGGAGCAUUCUUAAUCAUACUUUCUGUUGUAUGUAUGGGAUUUGAGAAAGAAAUUUAUAAUGUUUGUGAUUUUAUUCCCUAGUCAAAGAUACAGUAUCUUAAAUUAUUUAUCUGCUCUUAGCAUAAACAUAGAUAAUAAUAAUAUACACAUUUUUAUGAACGGUGAAAACACUGUUAUUAUACUACUAAUAUGAUUUUUAUAAUAUAAUGUUUCAAGACUUUAAAUUUACAUAGUACAAGAUCGUGUUAUAUGCAACAACCAUUCAUUUACACAGUAUUUUUUAUCGCAGUUUGUACCUCGCAUAAAUUUUCAUUCGAGAUAAAAACAAAUGAGUCAAGUAUUGAUGAAGCAAUUUAACAGAAGUGUCAUAUAGUAUUUAUAAUAAUAAUCUACACUUCUUUCAAAAUUUCUUGUGGUAUAGAAAUGACAUUUACAGAAUUUCGAAAUAUAUGACUGAAUGCAUAUUUACAAUUGUACAUACAUUGUUACAAUAUGUACUUUAAAUUAUCCGUGACUUUGUGCGGAUGUAAGUAAUUGUAUCUUUAUAAUUGCUGACAAUUUAUUUAAAAAACAUACACUACGAUUAACAAUAAAUCACCGUACCAUAUCCAAGAUAAUAAUAUGUACAGUUUUUUUGUUUUUUACUACUUCAUCUCUGACAGAUAUAAACAGUGUCCUAUAAAUGAGAUGCUAAUGUAAUGCUUAUAAGACUAUACAUAUUCUUAGGGCUUAAUUUACAACUGAAGUAAUACAUGUAAGAGUUUUCUUUUCAAACUGUUUAAAAUUGUAUCAUGCAACACAGUAUUAUAUGCUACACUAGUAAUUUUUAGUUUACUAAUCUUUAAAAAAGAGCCACAGAUACUUACAUACGAUCAAUCUUCUUGCAAUUCAAAGAAAAGAAAAAAUUGUGUACAUGUUCUUAGUUUUUUUGUUUCUCUCAAACGUUUUGACUUUCAGAUCUAUUUGUUUUUAAAAUUUUUUGCAGUUAUUGCCACCUGCACUAGCUGCUCUAUGCGCGCGCGUUAUCUAAAGAAAUUUUUGAAACUUCUGAAACACGCUUAAAUAACAUUAAAACUACUUUUAAAUGGGAAUGUAACUGUAUGUAAUGCUGGAAAAAAAAAAAAAGUUAUGUAUACACAAUAUAUCAAUUUUUGUAUGAACUUUUUGACAUCUCGUAUGUAAAUUUAUAUUUACAUAUUUUUUUUACCCAAAACAUUGUCCUUUACAUUGGUCAUAUAAUUUUUCUAUUCUUAAAUACUCUUAUACCAUAAUUUUGAAACUAUACAAAGUCUGACUAAUACCUUGUCAUUCUAAGUGUUUUUUUAAAUACUUGUUUCAAAUAGCAUCAAUAUAAUUACAAGUAUGACUAAAAGAAAUAGUCAUUUAAUUAUGUACAUAACAUACAAAAUAUGAUGCUGUCCUAUGAAUGCAACUAUCAAACGCAUUUCACAUUAAUCGAAUACAUUUGUAACAAUA